AUGCCAGUGUUUUCGGAAGACUCAGGAUUGCAUGAAACUUUAGCCCUUUUGACAUCUCAGCUAAGACCUGAUUCAAAUCAUAAAGAGGAAAUGGGAUUCCUUAGGGAUGUCUUCAGUGAAAAGAGUCUCAGCUACUUGAUGAAGAUUCAUGAAAAACUUCGUCAUUAUGAAAGACAGAGUCCGACUCCUGUUUUACAUAGUGCAGCAGGAUUAGUUGAAGAUGUAAUAGAAGAAUUGCAGACUGCUCCAGUGAAUAACGAAGAAAAAGAGCUACUUCAGCUGUUGUCAACACCACAUCUCAGGGCAAUGCUUGUAGUACAUGACACUGUAGCACAGAAGAACUUUGACCCAGUCCUUCCACCUCUACCUGAUAACUUGGAUGAUGAUGAUUUUGAUGAGGAAUCAGUGAAAAUUGUUCGGCUAGUGAAAAAUAAAGAACCCUUGGGUGCUACUAUCCGAAGAGAUGAGCAUACAGGAGCUGUGAUUGUAGCAAGAAUUAUGAGAGGUGGUGCAGCUGAUCGCAGUGGCCUUGUCCAUGUUGGAGAUGAACUAAGAGAAGUCAAUGGUAUUGCUGUGCUUCACAAGCGACCAGAAGAAAUAAGUCAGAUUUUGGCUCAGUCUCAGGGAUCAAUAACAUUAAAAAUAAUUCCGGCCAUCAAAGAAGAAGAUCGUCUGAAAGACAGCAAGGUGUUUAUGAGGGCACUUUUCUGCUAUAAUCCCAAAGAAGACAGAGCCAUUCCUUGUCAGGAGGCUGGACUGCCAUUUAAGAGACGACACAUCCUAGAAGUUGUAAGCCAAGAUGAUCCCACAUGGUGGCAAGCAAAGCGUGUUGGAGAUACGAACCUCAGAGCAGGCUUGAUCCCCUCAAAACAGUUCCAAGAAAGACGACUGACUUACAGAAGAACAACAGGCACUCUGCAGAAUCCCAGAACUGUGAAGAAACCUUUAUAUGAUCAGUCUUCUGAUAAAGAAGACUGUGACUGUGAAGGAUACUUCAAUGGACAAUACAUAGCUGGUUUACGCAGGAGCUUUAGAUUAAGUCGUAAAGAGAAGGAGAACAAUCUGAAUGAAGGAAAGCAAUCAAUGCAGGGAGAUGCAGCAGAGUUCCUAACAUAUGAAGAAGUCACGAAGUAUCAGCAGCAGCCUGGUGACCAGCAAAGGCUGGUGGUUUUGAUUGGUUCUUUGGGGGCCAAAUUAAGUGAGCUCAAGCAAAAGGUUGUGUCAGAGAACCCACAGGAGUAUGGUGUUGCAGUUCCACAUACAACCAGGUCAAAGAAAAGUCAUGAGAAAGAGGGAGUAGAAUACAAUUUUGUUUCUAAGCAAUCAUUUGAGACAGAUGUACAGCAAAACAAAUUUGUGGAACAUGGAGAAUACAAAGAGAACCUGUAUGGUACCAGUCUUGAGGCAAUCCGAUCUGUGAUGGCUAAAAAGAAGGUUUGCCUGGUGGAUGUGGUUCCUGAAGCAGUAAAGCACUUGAGGACUCCUGAGUUUAAGCCAUAUGUUAUCUUUGUGAAGCCUCUCAUUCCAGAAAAGAAAAAACAUGUCCUAAAAUCUCCCAUAUCAGAAGAAACCUCAUCCCCCCUUGAUGAAGAACAGCAGGAAAUUAUUAAUUCAGCAGCAUUCAUUGAAGAGCAGUAUGGCCAUUUAAUCGACACUGUACUGGUGAAGGAAGAUCUCCAGAGUGCAUGUAGUCAGCUGAAAACUGUAUUAGAGAAACUAAACAAGGAUUCAUUUUGGGUGCCAGUCAAUUGGGUUAGAUCAUAGCUUGUUGUCAUCUGUUUAGGGGAAAUACUGUAUAAAAAUGCUUUGUGAAUAUAUGGAUUAGAAAAGGAAAUAUGUCAAAUUCACUUGAAAACUGCUGGUAUACCUAGGAGGUAAUACAUAAAGACUGUAUGAGAAAAACUAAACCAAGUCAGAAGCUGA